UAUUUCGAUCUCAGAUCACGGCAAACCGCUGAAAGGAAACGCGACCAUUUCGGACCUGUUCAGCGUCGUCGAUUCGUGCCGAUCGGUAAAAAAUUCAAGUUGUCGCGUAGGCAGUUCGCGUUUUCGUACGAUCGACAUGAAGAAACUCCACCUGUGCUUUGUUUUGGAUAUCUGCCUGCUGGUAGCCUCGCAAAAAACAGCUCUAGACACGCCGGACAACCUGCGUCUCUACCGUGAAAUUCGUAAUCUGAUCUUUCGAGUUUUCGGUAACGCGGAAGGGCAAGAGCGAAAAUUUCUAGCAAAUCGUGAGCAAAAAAUUCAGGAAGAAAUUCCUCCAAAUGUUCCCUUUCCUUGCAAUGUAACAGGUGGCAGGUCUUCGGAAGUGCCCGAUUCGGUUCAUCGUUUGAGGCCAGGUGACAUAGACGUGAUCGCCGCGAUGGGCGAUUCAUUGACGGCUGGUAAUGGAAUAUUUUCAACUAAUUUAUUACAGGUCGUAAUUGAAAACAGAGGCGUCACGGCGAGUAUCGGCGGCGAGGGAAACUGGCGAACGUAUCUGACGCUCCCCAAUAUUCUAAAAGAAUUCAACCCGAAUUUAAUAGGAUACGCGCAAGGAACUUCUCAAACUUCUCAUCGAAAUUCCCAGCUGAAUGUCGCCGAACCUGGCGCGAUGUCCAGGGACAUGCCCUUCAUGGCUAAAUAUCUAAUCAACAGAAUGAAAAAUGACCCCAGGAUAAACGUUGAGAAACAGUGGAAGCUGAUUUCGUUGAUGAUCGGUAGCAACGACUUCUGCACCAACUUGUGCGAGCUGCCAUCGCCGUGGUCCAUUUUAGAAGACCACAAAAUUGAUCUAAUCAACACUCUGAGAAUACUGAGGGAUAAUCUGCCAAGGACUUUCGUUAUUCUAGCUUUGCCGCCUCAUUUGAAAGCGCUCGUCGACACACGAGAAGGGAGAGAUUCGUUCAAGUGUUACACGAUAACUACCUUCGAAUGCCCCUGCCUGUUUGCAUUGCAAUUUCGAAACCAGAAAUCGAAUUACUAUGACGUAAUAAGAAGAUGGCAGGAAUUGGAAGAAGAGAUUGCUGACUACUCAGAAUUCCAUACAAAAGAUUUCACGGUUGAAGCUUUGCCUGUUCUGAAAUAUUCGAACAUACCUCUUGCCGACGAUGGAUUCUCUGAUGUGUCGUAUCUUGCCUUCGAUUGUUUCCACGUAAGCCAAAAGGCCAACGCAUUAUAUGCCAAUGGUCUCUGGAACAAUUUGCUAGAACCUUAUGGGAAUAAGACUGAACAUUGGACCACACCAUACGAAAGGUUUUUGUGUCCAACGACGAAGAAACCAUUCCUGAUGACGCGUGAAAAUUCACGCAGGAACAACAAGCUACGAUAAUAAUAAUUUUCUUUAAACACACUAAACGUUUUCGUUGCAAGUUUUCCGCAUUCCGAGUCUCAUGCAUCAUGCUUUCAUUAAAUUAUUAUCAAUUUUGUCUAUCAAAAUAAAUCGAAAUGUUCUUAAAUUUUAGUAUAGUAAUGUCAAAGUGCCAUCUUAGCAAACAAUUUUAUUUAUAUGUACUUGUAAGCAAUAUUUAUUCCUAUU